GUAGGUUGGCUGACGUACAAGAGACAAAAAAGAAACGUGAACUGCCGCAAGAGGCUUAAAGUCGCUUCCCUGUCGAAAGCUCCAAACAAAGGCGAGUUCAUUCACCUAAUUGAGAAUUCAUUUUAAUGACGGACUUACUUUCAACUACCAAACAUGGUAGUUAACCCUGAGUCCACUCGGGAUUUGAUUCAGUUCGUCAAACUAAUGCUGUUGCUGGUUUGCUAGCUAGCUUAGCCCGCGUUAGCUUCCAGGAUGGACAGCUGAGCGCUAACCCGAGCAGGACCCGCUACAGAUGUAGUGAACUGAGAGUCUCUGGAGAACGACAGAGGGAGCGUUUGGUGAGAGAGAGAGAGAGCGAGAGAGUGUGUGUGCGUGCGUGCGUGCGUGCGUGCCUUCAGCCACCUCCCAGCCGGGUGGACACUGUUUACCCCAUGAAGAACUGCGAGUACCAGCAGAUCGACCCGCGGGCGCUGGCGGUGUCGCCCUCGUCGGCGCAGAACCACACCGAGAAGAAGGCGCAGCGGCCGCGGAGGAAAUGGGAAGCGUUCCCCGGGAAGAACCGGUUCUACUGCGACGGGCGGAUCAUCCUGGCCAGACAGAGCGGUGUCCUCCCUCUGACACUGGGCCUUAUUGUCGUCACCUGUGGCCUUUUCUUCGCAUUCGAUUGCCCCUUCCUGGUGCAGCAUCUGACCGUCUUCAUACCUGUGAUCGCUGCGGUGCUUUUUGUGUUUGUGGUCGUCUCCCUGCUGAGAACCAGCUUCAUAGACCCCGGCAUCCUGCCCAGGGCCACCCCGGAUGAAGCUGCAGACAUAGAGAAGCAGAUAGACACUUCAGGAUCCUCUACAUAUCGCCCCCCUCCACGAACCAAGGAGAUCCUCAUCAACCAGCAGGUGGUAAAGCUCAAAUACUGCUUCACUUGUAAAAUGUUCCGGCCUCCUCGAACCUCCCACUGCAGCCUGUGCGACAACUGUGUGGAGCGAUUUGAUCACCACUGCCCAUGGGUUGGGAACUGUGUGGGCAAACGCAAUUACCGCUUUUUCUACAGCUUCAUUAUUUCCCUGUCAUUUCUGACAUCGUUCAUAUUUGGCUGUGUCGUCACACACAUCACUCUGCGUUCUCAAGCAGGGAAAAGCCUUGUUCAAGCCAUUCAGGAGAGCCCUGGAAGUGUGGUGGAGUUGGUGAUUUGUUUCUUCUCCAUCUGGUCUAUACUGGGCCUCUCAGGCUUCCAUACAUACUUAGUAGCCUCCAACCUCACGACAAACGAAGAUAUUAAGGGCUCCUGGUCAAGUAAAAGAGGUGCAGAGGAUUCUGGGAACCCGUACAGUUACAACAGCAUCAUAACCAACUGCUGUGCGACGUUAUGUGGCCCCAUGCCCCCGAGUCUGAUUGACAGACGAGGUUUCCUUCCUCCUGAGGAGGCGAUCUCUGCUGCCUCUGCCUCUGAGAUCGAGCUGCCACUCUUCACGGCCAAGAACGACGCGCACAUGUGCACUCAGAGCACAAAGGACAUGCUGGACAGGAUGGUCCAUUCCUCCGACUUCCACGGCCUGUGCCCCCCCGGCACCCCAAAGACCACCCCUCUCAGCCUCGAGGUUUCCAGCACGCAGGCACCUUCCGCAGAGCCUUCACCGUCUGUCGGCUGCUUGCAGCAAAGCGCUCGACAGUCGGUGGCCACUCCUUGCCCCCCGUUCAGCAGGAGCAGCAAGAGGGACUCGCUGCACUCCAUAAAUCCAGCGUUUCGCCUGGCUUCUCCUUCGCCGUCGCUGAGCCGCACCAGCUUGAUUCUGGGUGAUGCACCCGACAAUGGCUUUAUCCCAAUACCCUGAGUGAGCACCUAGUAAACACCGGUGAAACGACAGAGUCCUGGUGGAAUUAUUCAAGGCAAUGAUUGUGGCUACAAAGAGACGUCACAGUGGUGGUCAUGAUGUGUGUUGCCUUCGGUUUCUCAAGAUGUCAUUCUGAUGAGUUGAUCAAGCAUUACCUGGAGAUUUUUCUAGUUCCGUGAGUUGUAUCAACAAUGUGUGUCUUUCAGGAUGGUGGUAAAUCUUAGUAACAUUCGUAAGCACAAUAUAGAGAUAUUUUUUUAUACACCUUUUAAUUGAGACGCCUGUGACAUGUCUUCGCACCUUCCAAAGAACCUCAAGCCAUCAGCCGCAGUGUUUUAAGUUCCUGUUAUCUUGUGCAAACAGGUCUUUAAAUCUGGCAAUACAGUUGGACUGUGGAUGCAAGAAGUGUAGAAACAAAAGAUUUACUGAGCUGGCACAGAGAGCCACCUCAGGAUUAUACAUUCAAGAGUUAGCCUUAGGUCGUCCAAUCAUUUCCCCUCAUCUUCAUCUGCUCAGUGUCAGUGGGUGGAUCCACUUUGGCUGUUUUUAGAUAAGAUGAGGGCUAGUUAUUUAUUUUUCAUAUUAUGCAUAUCAAUUGUUUAUUUUGCAUGUCUUGUACAUCAAAUGCUCUUAUGCAGGAGAUAGUAACUGAGAGGUGACACUUCAGAUUCUUUCAUAUAUGUCUGAAAUGACAUUAAUACCAUAUACUGUAAUGUCCACUUUGCUGCUUUAUUUAAUGUGUUGUUAAAGUCGAGCAUUAAAUCAAAUUCACUGCUGCGUAUAAGAGCUCCGAGUAUUCGUUGCUAAAACACUGCUUUCCUAUUUAUCUAAUCUACUGGGACACAGUGUGAGUGAGCAUCUGCUUUUUCUUUGCCUCAGGGCCCAUCCUCAGUAAGUUACCAGUGCAUCGCUGUCGAAUGGACUGCUUGGAGCAGGGUAAUGUUUUCAGGAAAGUUCAUGAGGCCUCUUAUGUAUGGUAAGUCAUUUAUUUCAUGGCUGUGACCUUUUACUGCUCUUGCAGCAUGAAACCUAACCCCCUGUCUGUCAUGGUGGAGCACAGUUUCUUGUUCGGUGUUAAUUUGUGCCACUAGGGGGCAGAAUGUGAAUAAGGAUUGCAGCCUUACUAGAGGACAAUUUAGUGACUUGAGAAGUGUUAGCAGAAAGGCCUUUUGAUGUUUUGAUUUAUGUGUUUUGUUUUUUUUGUAACGUUGACGCUGUACAUAGGUUGUGAUUUUGUGAAGAACCACGUUGCCAUAGUGAGUGGGUCAUACAUUUAUCAGUCUUCAUCAAGACCCUAUAGUUUGUAUAGACACUUAUACAAGCAGUGCUUGUAUGAACAAACUUGUUUGCUUUUUGUAGGAUGUAACAGUGGAACUGUAACAUUGGAUCAAUAAAAAUGAUCAGUUUUGUUGA